AUGGGUGGUGUGUUCUCAAACUCAAGUUGUCCUUCCAGUCCCACGUCGGGCCAAAAUGUGAACGAAAUUACCAUCACUGGUCUUGGAACACAAUGGCCCUCAAAUGUUAUUACUGCAGAUGAUAUAGAAAAAUUUGCUCUGUCGUUGUAUCCUGCGGAUGCUCCUUGGCUUCAAAGACUACUCAGGAUUAACGCCCAAACCGGUAUUGAAACUCGGUCUGUGGUGAAUAUUUGGGCAGAUUCACGAUGGCGCCAGAAAGAGCCCCCAAAGGCAGAGGAAGUUGAUGCUGUAUGGCGCCAAUAUGGUGUCCAGCUGUCCAAAGAAGCCGCGAAGAAAGCAUUGCUCGACAGUCACAUAGAAGCGAUGUCGAUCACACAUGUUGUGGCUGUCACCGCUACCAAUGCUGGAAGUCCUGGUUAUGAUCAAAGUGUCGCCCGUGAACUUGAUAUUCCAGCCGAUGCAGAAAGAUUCCUAAUCAGCGGUGUUGGCUGUGCUGGAGGGCUCGCAGCGUUAAGAAUGGCAUCAAACCUUGCAUUAGCAGCAACUCAUCAGGAUAGGCCAGCCAGAAUCUUGGUCCUUGCAUGCGAAAUUUGCAGCCUUUAUAUUUCUUCUGAGUUCCACCAGGCGGCGAGCUCACAGACUGGAGGAAUCGGUCUUACACUAUUUGGUGAUGGUGCGGCAGCUCUGGUUGUCUGCAACUCCAAAGGGCUAUCAGAUGGCGAGAAGGACCUCCCUAAGCGAUUUUCUGUCGUUGAUUGGCGCUCAUUCAUCACGCCUGAUACUCAUGCUGAAAUGGAAUUUAAGAUUAAUAGUAGUGGAUUCCAACUCCUACUAUCAAAAAACGUUCCUAAGCUGGCUGCAAUGUCUCUCUCCCAACCGUUCCAAAGCUUGACAAGGUCGAAUAAUAUGCCUUCUGCCGUCCCGACGGAGUUUGAUUGGGCGCUUCACCCAGGCGGUUUGUCUAUCAUCAAAGGAGCAGAGGCAGCCAUGGGCAUUUCAAAAGAGUUGUUAGCAGCUACCUAUGAGAUAUACCGAACUCGUGGCAACGCAUCCAGUGUCGCCGUUCUAGCGGUUAUAGAUCAGAUGCGGAACAUGGAGAUGAGAAGGCAGGAUAUUAUCGCUGCAAGUUUUGGACCUGGCCUCACUACAGAGAUGGCAUUAUUGAGGCGAUGGAAAUAG